AGGCCCGACCCUUCCCGCCCAGGACCUAGAGACACGACCGAAGGGAAGUCCGAGGCAGCUUUACCGCUGUCGCCGCCACCGCUGCAACGAGAGCUCCCCGCUUCUACCAAGCCACCAGCUCACCCCAACUUUCCCCAGCGCCCUGUCCUCCCCGACGGCACCUAACCACUACCUGCGCCCGCGUCUGGAUUUGGCUUGCGACCUACUUUGUGUCAGAGGUCUCGGGACCGGGGCCAUCGAGGUUGUGGGCACCCAGGAUCCAGGGAACAUGGAAACCAGCGUCCCAGCCUCGGAGCAGAUCAGCAGUGCCAAAGGGGAUCCCCAGCUUUAUCACCCUGAAGCAAUUGGGAGCGCUGAGGCUGUGCAGGUUAUAGACUUCGAGAGCCCUGAGGACUGUCGACGCCAAAAUGAACCAGGCUACUGCAAUCCGGAGGACUCUGGGCAGCUGAUGGCGUCCUAUGAAGGGAAAGCUAGGGGCUACCAGGUGCCUCCUUUUGGCUGGCGCAUCUGCCUGGCGCACGAGUUUGCAGAGAAGAGGAAACCCUUUCAAGCUAACAACAUCUCCCUAAGCAACCUGGUAAAACAUUUGGGCAUGGGCUUGAGGUACUUGAAGUGGUGGUACCGGAAGACCCAGGUAGAGAAGAAGACACCUUUCAUUGACAUGUUCAACUGUGUACCCCUGAGACAGAUCUAUGGUUGUCCCUUGGGUGGCAUUGGGGGAGGCACUAUCACCCGUGGCUGGAGAGGCCAAUUCUGUCGUUGGCAGCUUAACCCUGGAAUGUACCAGCACCAGACAGUCAUUGCUGACCAAUUCACAGUGUGCUUGCGUCGGGAGGGGCGAACUGUAUACCAGCAAGUUCUGUCCCUGGAGCGCCCAAGUGUCCUGCGCAGCUGGAACUGGGGAUUGUGUGGGUACUUUGCUUUCUACCACGCCCUCUAUCCCCGAGCCUGGACUGUCUAUCAGCUUCCUGGCCAGAAUGUCACCCUCACCUGCCGUCAGAUCACACCCAUCUUGCCCCAUGACUACCAGGACAGCAGCCUACCUGUAGGAGUCUUUGUAUGGGAUGUGGAAAAUGAAGGAGAUGAAGCUGUGGAUGUGUCCAUUAUGUUCUCCAUGCGGAAUGGACUAGGGGGUGGAGAUGAUGCCCCAGGGGGUUUGUGGAAUGAGCCCUUCUGUCUGGAGCAAGACGGGGAGACUGUUCAGGGACUUCUGCUGCAUCAUCCAACCCUUCCAAAUCCUUACACCAUGGCUGUGGCUGCACGACUCACGGCAGAUACCACGGUAACCCACAUCACAGCCUUUGACCCUGACAACACUGGGCAGCAGGUGUGGCAGGACCUACUUCAGGAUGGACAGCUGGACUCCCCCGCUGGCCAAAGCACCCCCACACAGAAAGGAGAAGGCAUCGCUGGGGCUGUAUGUGUUUCCAGCAAGCUGCCACCUCGAGGACAGUGCCGCCUGGAGUUUUCACUGGCUUGGGACAUGCCCAGGAUCAUGUUUGGAGCUAAGGGCCAAGUCCACUACAGGCGGUACACAAGAUUCUUUGGCCGAGAUGGUGAUGCAGCACCUGCCCUGAGCCACUAUGCACUGUGCCGAUAUACAGACUGGGAAGAUAGGAUCUCAGCUUGGCAGAGCCCGGUAUUAAAUGACAGAUCCUUGCCUGCCUGGUACAAAUCUGCACUGUUCAAUGAACUAUACUUCUUGGCUGAUGGAGGCACAGUAUGGCUGGAAGUUCCUGAGAACUCCCUACCAGAAGAGCUGGGAGGGAGCAUGUCUCAGCUCCACCCCAUUCUGCAGGACUAUGGUCGAUUUGGCUAUCUUGAGGGCCAGGAGUAUCGCAUGUACAAUACAUAUGAUGUUCAUUUUUAUGCCUCCUUUGCCCUCGUCAUGCUCUGGCCCAAACUUGAGCUCAGUCUACAGUAUGACAUGGCUCUGGCAACUCUCAGGGAGGACCUGACACGGCGACGAUACCUGAUGAGUGGGGUAAUGGCACCUGUGAAGAGGAAGAACGUCAUCCCCCAUGAUAUCGGAGACCCAGAUGAUGAGCCGUGGCUCCGGGUCAAUGCAUAUUUGAUCCAUGAUACUGCUGACUGGAAGGACCUGAACCUGAAGUUUGUGCUACAGGUUUAUCGGGACUAUUACCUGACGGGUGACCAAGGCUUCUUGAAGGACAUGUGGCCUGUGUGUCUAGCUGUGAUGGAGUCUGAAAUGAAGUUUGACAAGGACCAUGAUGGACUCAUUGAGAAUGGAGGCUAUGCAGACCAGACUUACGAUGGAUGGGUCACCACAGGCCCCAGUGCUUACUGUGGAGGGCUGUGGCUGGCAGCUGUGGCUGUGAUGGUCCAGAUGGCUCUUUUAUGUGGGGCACAAGACGUCCAGGAUAAGUUUUCUUCCAUCCUCAGCAGAGGCCAAGAAGCCUAUGAGAGACUGCUAUGGAAUGGCCGUUAUUACAACUAUGAUAGCAGCUCCCAGCCUCAAUCUCGUAGUGUCAUGUCUGAUCAGUGUGCUGGACAGUGGUUCCUGAGGGCCUGUGGCCUAGGAGAAGGAGACACUGAGGUAUUUCCUACCCCACAUGUGGUUCGUGCUCUCCAAACCAUCUUUGAGCUCAACGUCCAGGCUUUUGCAGGAGGGGCCAUGGGGGCAGUAAAUGGGAUGCAGCCCCAUGGUGUCCCUGAUAGAUCCAGUGUGCAGUCUGAUGAAGUCUGGGUGGGUGUGGUCUAUGGGCUAGCAGCGACCAUGAUCCAAGAGGGCCUGACUUGGGAGGGCUUCCAGACAGCUGAAGGCUGCUACCGUACUGUGUGGGAACGCCUGGGCCUGGCUUUCCAGACCCCAGAAGCAUAUUGCCAGCAGCGGGUAUUCCGCUCACUGGCCUACAUGCGGCCACUGAGCAUCUGGGCCAUGCAGCUGGCCCUGCAACAGCAGCAACACAAAAAGGCUUCCAGGCCAAUAGUUGAACAGGGCACAGGACUAAGAACAGGGCUUAAAUGUGGACCAAAGGAAGCCUUGACAAACCUAAGCCCAGAGUGAGCCCUCUGAACUGUGGGAGCCCAGCCUCUGGCCUGGUUGUUGCUCCUUCCCCCAAACCUGCAGCCCUGAGCCACCAGGACAAUCAUGCCUCUCCCUUUCCCCCACCCAGCUGUGCCAGUAAAGAGGGGCUGAGGGCGAACCAGGCAUCAGAAUCACUUAUUUAUUUCCUUACCCCUUCUCUCACUGCAUGAAAUGUUUGAGGAGGUCAGCUGAUUUCCCCAGAUCCAUUCAUGGGAUAAUACACACAUGGGUACAAAUAAAAGACCCACAAAGCCAGUAAGUGUGGUGUGCUUGAGCCCUUAGGCAUCCUAACAGGGCACAGGAGUGAACGUCAACCCUCUCCCAUUCCGUUUGGACAGACACAGGGGCAGAGGUGGGCUUUCGCUGAGACACCCUAUAUUCUCACAUUUAACCUGAGUAUCUGUCCUGCAAGAUGACAGGUGAUGGGCUGUGGGUAGGGAGCCAUCCCCCAUUUUCUGUGAGAUUUGCCUGCAAGGGAAGAGUGGGACCUGAGCAGAGGGGCUCUGAGAACAAGUUGGGGAGUGGCCACUGCAGAGGAGGCUCUUCCUGAGGAGCCGGAGGCAUGCGAUACUGCAGGCAGGAAGAGUUGCCAGAGGCCUGGAGCAUAUGUUCUGAGCUGUCCAGUAACUGGUUUGUGCUGUCCUUUGGUACAUCUGACUGCAGUGCAGGCAGUUCCAGCUGAUGCUGGUCCUCAAUGGGGAGGGCACGAAGCUGGCGGAACACUGAGAACACAAAGACCUGUUAGGAAACAACACAGAAGGAGCCUAGGCCCCUCCAAGCCUGAAAGGUAUCCUUAAUCCUCUUACCAAUGUGCUCAGCCGGCAGGCUCCCCCUUGUGUCCGAGGAGUACAUGGCAGGCACAAGGAGGAGGCAGAAGGAGAAUAGUAGGACCUAGAGCACAGAAAAAAGGGGAUAAAGCGAUCUGAAAUGUAAUCCUGUGUCCAACCCUGAGGAAUCCCUCCUCCCAACACCAUCCUCACCAGGACACAGGUGCUGCUGCUGGUGGUUUUGUUUGAUAUCUCAAUCACCAUGGCCUGGAGUUUCCUCAGCUGAUCUAGAAGGGACCUAGGAGAAGAGGGUACUGUAGUGAGCACUCUUUGCUGGCACCCUGCCACAGUGAAAACCUCCUGUUAUGGCCACCUCCUCCCUCUGUGCCCUGAAUCCUGUCUCAUUUUUUGUCCUAUUUUUGCAAAUGAUUUAUCUCUAUGAACA